UAGUUUGAAUUUCCCUUUUCUUAACACACCCAUGUAAUGAUGUAUUUUAAUCUGCCAAUAAAAAUUGAGUUCAGAUACCACAUUUGGGCCAAAAAUGUCUCUUGGGUUUCCCGAUAUUUUCUCCUGUUAUAAAAACACGUUUUUUGCAGCACCUCUCUAUAUAUAGUGAUAAACUUGUGUAUGUAUGGUACCCAAAUUCUUACCAGAUAUACGUUGUAUUCCAUAUUGUUACACAUUUCAAAAAUAAUCAUUACCUUGUUAAUAGUCAUAUCUUGUUUUUCUUGUCCACUUACUGUUAUACAAUUGUUGAUUGAAUGUCACAAUAUUAUUUUUUGUCUUGUUUUCUGUGAGUACACACAUGGUUGCUUGAAUAAUGGCGAUUUGUAGGAUGGGUAUACAUGAUUUGUGUAUUCACCAUUUCUUGUUCUGUUGGUGUGUUUUUAGCUCCACUGGCCGGGGCUUAUGUCAUGGUCCUGUGUCCGUCGUGUGUGCGUGCGUGAUUAACUUUUCCUUUACAUCUUCUUCUCCUAAACUACUGGUCCAAUUCUGAUGAAAUUUUUCAGGAAUGUUCCUGGGGUGAACCUCUUUCAAAUUUGUUCAAAUUAUGCCCCUGGGUUCAAAUUUGACCAUGCCCCUGGGGUCACAAAAUUGAAAAUUUGCUUAUAUAAGGCCUAUUUUGUGAAAACUUUCAAAAUCUGCUUGUCCAUAUCCAUUGGGCCUAGGGCAAUCAAACUUGGUACGUAGAGACAUCUAAUAGUCCUCUACCAAAUUUGUUAAAAUUAUGCCCCUGGGAUCAAAUUUGACCCUGCCCCGGGGUCACACAAUUGAACAUAUCUUUAUAUAGGGUCUAUUUUGUGAAAACUUUACAAAUCUUAUCCUCCAUAACCAUUGGGCCUAGGGCUACCAAAUUUGGUAUGUAUUGGCAUCUUAUAGUCCUCUACCAAGUUUGUUCAAAUUAUGCCCCUGGGGUCAAGUUUGACACUGCCCCGAGGGUCACAAAAUUGAACAUAUGCUUAUAUAAGGCCUUUUUUGUGAAAACUUUAAAAAUCUUUUUGUCCAUAACCGUAUGGCAUAGGGCUACCAAAUUUUGUAUGUAGUGACAUGUAAUAGUUCUCUUCUUAGUUUGUUCUAAUUAUGCCCCUAUGGUCAAAUUUGAAAUGGCCCCGGGGGUCACAAAAUUGAAUAUAUGAUAAUAAAGUGCUUAUUUUGUGAAAAUUUAAAAAAUCUUUUGUCCAUAUCAAUUGGGCCUAGGGCAACCAAAUUUGGUAUGUAGUGACAUCUUAUAGUCCUCUACCAAGUUUGUUCAAAUUAUGCCCCUGGGGUCAAGUUUGACCCUGCCCCAAGGGUCACAAAAUUUAACAUAUGCUUAUAUAAGGCCUUUUUUGUGAAAACUUUAAAAAUCUUUCUGUCCAUAACCGUAUGGCAUAGGGCUACCAAAUUUUGUAUGUAGUGACAUGUAAUAGUUCUCUUCUUAGUUUGUUCAAAUUAUGCCCCCGGGGUCAAAUUUGAAACUGCCCCGGGGGUCACAAAAUUGAAUAUAUGAUAAUAAAGUGCUUAUUUUGUGAAAACUUAAAAAAUCUUUUUAUCCAUAUCCAUUGGGCCUAGGGCUACCAAAUUUGGUAUGUAGUGACGUCUUAUAGACCUCUACCAAGUUUGUUCAAAUUAUGCCCCUGGGGUCAAGUUUGACCCUUCCCAGAGGGUCACAAAAUUGAACAUAUGCUUAUAUAAGGCCUUUUUUGUGAAAACUGUAAAAAAUCUUCCUGUACAUAACUGUAUGGCAUAGGGCUACCAAAUUUGGAAUGUAGUAACAUGUAAUAGUUCUCUUCUUAGUUUGUUCAAAUUAUGCCCCUGGGGUCAAAUUUGACCCUGCCUGGGGGGGUCACAAAAUUGAACAUAUGCUUAUAUAAGGCCUAUUUUGUGAACACUUUAAAAAUCUUCCAGUCCAUAACCAUCGGGCCUAGGGCUAUCGAAUUUGGUUUGUAGUGACAUCUAAUAGUCCUCUACCAAAUUUGUUCAAAUUUUAUCCCUGGGGUCAAAUUUGACCCUGCCCCGGGGGGGUCACAAAAUUGAACAUAUGCUUAUAUAAGGCCUAUUUUGUGAAAACUUCAAAAAUCUUAUUUUCCAUAACCAUCCGGCCUAGGGCUAUCAAAUUUGGUAUGUAGUUACAUCUAAUAGUCAUCUACCAAAUUUGUUCAAAUUUUAUCCCUGUGGUCAAAUUUGACCCUGUCCCGGGGGGGGGGGGGUCACAAAAUUGAACAUAUGCUUAUAUCUUGCUUAUUUUGUGAAAACUUAAAAUAUUCUUGUCCUUAACUCUAGGACCUAGGGCUACCACAUUUUGUAUGUUGUGAGAUAUAGUGGUCCUCUACAAAGUUUGCUCAAAUUAUGCCCCUGAGGGUAAAAUUGACCCAGCCCAGGGGGUCACAAAAGUGUACAUGUGCUUAAAUAGGGCCUAUAUUAUUUAAGUAUUUGCACAUGCCGAUAAUAUUUGUUUCAACCUUUUUUCAGCAGUGGAGCGAUACAAGGCCAUCAUGGCCCUCUUGUUUUAUGUCCCCAGUCUAUACUGGGGGACAUAUUGUUUUUUCCCCAUCUGUUGGUUUGCAUCAAACCUUAACAUUGGCCAUAACUUGUGCAAUAUUGAAGAUAGCAACAUGACAUUUGGCAUGCAUGUGUAUCUCAUGGAGCUGCACAUUUUGAGUGGUGAAAGGUUUAGCUCAAGGUCAUCCUUCAAGGUAAAAGGUCAAAUACCUUCUGGGUGGGCACAGUGUUUCACAAACACAUCUUGUUAAACUUAGAUUAUGACCAUUUAUAGAGUUUUGCAUUUUGACAUUGAUCUUGAUAUUUUUAACUACUUUUCUCCAGUGGAAAUUUUAUUCAUAUUAUUGAUUUUGAGCUAUUUAUUUUACAUAUAAUCUAGUAUAAAAAAAGUUAUUGGAGUGAAAUUUUUGAUACUGUGUUGCAAUAAAAAGCAAGGUGACAUAUGAGGGCCAUCAUGGCCCUCUUAUUUACAAUAUACAGUAUAGAAUAUAAUUUUCUUGUUAGUGUAAAUCUUCCUUCAGUACUAGAUGGAAUUUCUUGACACUUUUAUACAAUGUAUGGACAAGCAACCAAACUAGUUUGAAGAUGUGCCUGAUGAUUGGAGUUUUAAUUGCUUGCGUUUCAAAUUUAGUUAUGGCCCUUUGUUAGUUUUUGUUCCUUUUUCAUAUAUUCAAUAUAUAGCCUAAGAUUUCUUGUCAACACAACUGUCGCAGUUCUUGAUGGAAGUUUUUGAAACUUGUGUACAAGGUUUGUACUAGCGUGUAGUUGUGCAUGAAGAUUUGAAUUUGAAGUUGUGCAUGAAGAUUUGAAUUUGAAUAACUCUGCUUUGGACUUUUAAAAAGUUAUGGCCCUUUGUUGUUUAUUUUUUCAUAUAAUUGCAAUAUAAUGCAUAUGAAUUAACUUUAUUAAGAGUUAUAAUUAGUUGAAAAGGAUUUUAAUGCGUUUAAAAGGGUUUUAAUAAGCUUUAUAAAAAAAGUCACUGUGGCUGUAAAAUAGUUUUAACAUUUCUACUUUCCCUAAGAUCUUUAAUAGAAUAAUGCACAAAUUGCAUUAAGGCCAUAGUUAUACAGUCUCCACACCUCACUGUCUGGAGCAAUUGUUAACCAAUUACAUACUUCAUACAAACUUAAAAUAUGGUCUGUAGCAUCCAGAGGGAGUGACAGCAAUUAAUAACUCAAGGUAAUUAAUAAUAGAAUCGGCUGUCAAUCAUGAGUAUGCAUAUCUGAGAAUUUCUUGAUUCUGAGUGCUAUUUAAAUAUAAACAGCAGAAUGUUAAUACUUAAUAUAUCUGCAUGAAUUAACAAUAUUUUUAAACAUUCUUUUUUGGCAAAAGAUAUUCUUAAAUCCCACUAUUGGCUAAAGUGGAUUUUAACCUGUUCAUACAUGAUCAAACAUAACAUGUCAAUUAAAUGUAAACCCAGCACUACUUAUAUUUAUUGAUAUACUUCAUUUUAUUCUGUGUCAAAUAGAAUGUGAGGGUAUUCCUCUGAUAAAGGUGUGGUAAAGUCUGAUAAUAAUAUUGCAUAUACAAUCAUUAAAAAAAUAUUUUUUAAGGUGUGAACUAAAAAAUUAUAGCUUGCAUAAACUUGUCCUGAAAACGUGAAAACUCAACAAUAUUUCCAUCUCUUUUGAUCAUACUAUUUUAGUGAACUUUUUCUAGAAAAAUCACGCUAAAGACACAUUUUCUUUCUUUGAAUCUGAUAAAUGAUAGCAUUUGUCUGUAUUGUUAUUAAAAAAUCUCUAAAUGAUACAUUAUAUUUGUUUAGCUAGAUCAUCAAGACAAAUUAUAUUUGUUUAGCUAGUUAAUCAUCAAGACUCCUUGUUUUAAAUGUUAUUGUCAUUCUGUGACAGUUGAAGUUUUUUCGGUUUGCACACAGUAGUUCAUGGUUUUUAAGAAACUUGUAAUAAAAUAUAUUCUAUUUA